AUGAGCGCCAUCAACGGUGGCUACCCCGGCCCCUCCCAGAUGUCUCCUAUAGAUGUCAUCUUUCCCGGUUUCAGUGUGGUCUCAACCACCGCACACCAACUGCUUGCCGGUAACCUGGACAGCUACACCCGACUCUUUUGUAUUUUCGUGGUGUUUGUCCUCGUCACCCGCUAUGGAGUCAACUAUGUGUGGGGGAUAGUGAGAGCUUACUUCACCUCGACUAUCUAUGUCUCAUACUACGACGAAGCAUACGACAUGCUAGUUGACUGGAUCGCUGAUCAACCAUUUAUCCACAAUGCCCAUUCAUUGAUUGCUCGAGAUAGAUCAUUUUAUUUUUGGUAUAGAGGGCAUUUUCUCAUACUUUACUGCGCUGUCAAAGAGCAUCGAGAGGAUCUCCGUAUCUCCUCAAUUGGUCUUAAUGCCAACAUCCUGAAAGAUCUUAUCGAAGAGUGCCGAGAACAAUAUCUCAAGGAGGCACAGAGGAAGAUCUCCGUCUUUAAGCACCGCGAAGGGGAGUGGAAGAAAGCAAAGCUGAGACCAGUUCAGCCUAUCUCCACGGUUAUCAUGGACGAGGAGGUAAAGGAUGACAUUUUAAGAGAUGUGGACGAGUUUCUGGACCAAGACAUGCAAGACUGGUACGCAGAACGCGGUAUUCCCUACAAGCGAGGUUACCUUCUUUUCGGCCCCCCUGGGACUGGAAAAUCCAGCUUUAGUCUAUUGCUCGCGGGAAAGCAUGAACUGGACAUCUAUACGCUUCAACUAUCGAAUAUUUCGGACAGCACGGUAAUAAGGCUUUUUGCCGAACUUCCACCGCGUUGUAUUAUUCUCUUAGAGGACGUGGAUACCGCUGGGGUAGGGCGUCGGGGCAGUGUCAACACAGUCCAAGAUGGCAAUUCACAAUCUGCAGUCACUCUAUCCGGCCUACUGAAUGUGCUUGAUGGUGUCUCGUCUCAAGAGGGCCGGAUACUCAUCAUGACCACGAAUCAUAUCGACCAUCUGGACGAAGCCCUGGUUCGGCCUGGCCGAUCAGACAAGAAAGUCCAUUUUAAACUCGCCGAUCAGAACAUGUCCACUCAGCUCUUCCGCACGGUUUUCAAGCAGUUGUCCAACAAAAAGCAAUGCAACGAGAGAUAUGACGACGAAACGAUCGAGGGGCUUGCUCGUGAGUUCGCCAGCAAAGUUCCCGAGCAAGUAUUCAGCCCGGCAGAGGUUUUAUCAUUUCUUCUGGAGCGGAAGAAGUCACCCUAUGACGCGGUCUCUGGUAUCGAGAGCUGGGUGGCGAAAGCAAAGGAUUGA